AUGAACUCAAUUCAACCGACGGGGACCUCUCCCCAGACGAACUCUUCCUGGCUGGCUUUCGGGUGCUGUGCGCCUCAUCCCAGUGGAGACGAACGCCGGCUGGUACAUGGUGCAAAUAAGAGCUUCGACUACAGCGAAAGUGUCUGCUAUGAACAGCCGCGCCAGGUUGACCGUCCUUACAUGGACGCCUACUGCUAUGGACCCCGCACAAGACAAUCACAUAUGCCGCAAUGGGCUUCCAGCGGUCGAGAUCUUGCCGCCCGAGCCUCGUCGAGAUCUCGCCAAGGUCUUUCUCAAAUCCGCGCCCGUUCUCGGUCUCGAAAUCGAAAAGUCCCUCUUAUCAUUAGCCCCCCCACCGACUUUCGACGUGGAAACCAUAUCCCCCGACGCCGGCGGAGCUUCCGCCCGCUGGAGCUCAGCAUCUACAUGCCCAGCUGUCGAUUAUCCCCUCUUCCAGAUUUCAGCUGCUGGGAUGAGCUCCCGGAAGGACUGUCGAUACCUAGGCAAGCCCUCCUCCGUGAACCCUCGAUCUCUUCCACGAGACAAGACGUCUACGACGAUUUCGACGGGGAAACCGGUGAGACGUCUCCUGAGGAGUCGUUGCGGGAGCUGCGCUGUAUGAGCAUUGGUAGCGACUCGACUCUUCACGACAGCCUUUCCCUCCCGGCCGCUGACCCUGCUUCGUUCAUUUUCCCGGAGCCACCCCGAUCCGCCGUGGUCAACCGGCCCCGAAGGUCGAGUAGCCUCGCUGGAUCAGCCCUGGCAAGCCCGCUCCCUUCUCUUUCCAGUCCGCCACCGUCCGCGGGGAGAUUCCGCAUCCGAUCCAACACAUCGCCAGCCUCCACAUCUCGCCCUCGUGGACAGAAGUCAAGCAAGGGCGACAUUGAUGAGGCCAUUCGAGAGUUGAACACCAUCGUGGAAGAGAGGCGCCUGGACGCGAUCCGGUCUGGCAAUGGGUCGCGGAUCGCCAUGCCGACGGCGCCGCAUGCGCCGGGCACUCUGCAACAUAUUCCUGCCAUCGCUCCGGCCAUGCGGGUUCGAGCUCGGAGCGAGACGCUAUCGGACAUCGGAAGCGCUUUGAGCACCCCGUUGGGGCCGAAACGCCUCCACCCGGCAGCUGAGGCGGUCGAAGAUGACGACACACCUUCCGAAGUGGGCACCGUCGACGACGAAACCGAGUUGGAUGCAACGCCAUCGGACAGCCGACCCGGGUUGCGAAAGUUCCCACAGUGGCUAAAACGAACCCCUUCCGUACCUAGUCUCGGUCCAACGUCGGCACACGAUCCACCACAGCCGUUCUAUCAAUGCAUCCCGCCGGGACACGGUAUCCCGCUACAGCCACUCCACUCCCCUUCCCACCACCAACCGACGCGGAUGGCCCUCCGAGGAAAUCCGGUGAGCCCUAUGCAUCCUGGACGGCCUCGUCGGCGCACAUCGGGGUCAUCGAUCGACAGCGUCGACAGCCUCUCCAGUCUGCCCUCGCUGUCGCCCUCGUCAAGUCCGAGCAUGAGCGAGAACGCGACCAUGGUCACGAGCCCAUGCAGUCCGGCCAUUGGUGAGGGCGGCGUGGUAUUCCCACUCCCUCCCACCACAUCCGCGGUCCGGCUGGCAAAACUCCAACAGACAGAGGAACAAGAGAGGCAGAAAGUCAUGCUCUCUCCGACCGCCCAUGACCGGGCUAUUGUAGGGCUUGCCUUCUGA